AACCUCAAAUCAAAAACUCAAAUUUUUUGAAAAUCUCUCUCUCUCUCUGCUGCUUUCUUUCUUCAUCUCUCUCGACUCGAUCUUAACCACAAACGCGCAGCUCCUCCCCAGUCCGAACCCUAGGAAGGAAAUUUUCACCUCGUUUCCGUCCGGAGCUGCUCCCAUGGCGAAUUCUGACUCCGCUCCUGCCAUCCCCGCCGCCGGUUCUCCUCUCUCAUCCAAAAAGGAGAACCGGACUCCGAUUGGCUCAAGAAUCGCGGAAUUAAGUGAAUCAAGGGCAGAAUUGCUUACUAGAAUCCAAGGUUUAAAACAGGAUCUGCAAAGUUGGAGGUCGAAGUUAGACACUCAAGUUAAAGUUUAUCGUGAUGAGCUUUCUGAACUAAAGAAAUCACUGAAUGUGGAAGUGGACCAACUUCGAUCAGAAUUUCAAGAACUGAGGACCACUCUUCAGCAGCAACAAGAUGAUGUUACUGCUAGCUUAAAAAACUUGGGGCUGCAGGAGGCCUCAGAAGAUGCUAAAGCUAUAGAGCUUCAAGAUCCCAAGGUUGAAGUAUAUGAGGAUAAUCACAAGAAAACUGAACAAUAGAUAGCUUCAACUUUUUGAACAUGAUUGUGAGCAGAUAUAACAGUAAAUGGGGCCUCAUGGGAGUUUUCUUACUGGCUGUUUUCUUGAUGCCCAGAAAAGCUUCUUCUGCAAAUUCGUAUUAUGCAUCUAUUCUGUUAAGUUAAACAUCACUAUUUUUUUUUCCUCAUAGCACAAAACUCUCAUCCGAGUUUCAAAAUGGAGUAGCAUGAGUCCAAAUUUGCAUUUGACUGCC